CGCGACGUCAUAUUCCGGCGACUCUCCCUGACAGGCUCCAUGUGAACGGCUUUCACCAAAGUUAUCGUUAAUAAUCGGUUGGAUGUGGGAUGGUGACACCGGCUGCUGAAUUGUGAGAAACCUCUGCUCUCCUUUCCUACGUGUAGCCACUGUCUUGUCUCUCAAACGCUAUGGCCAGCCGUCUCUUGGGCAGAUAUGCCCGUCUGCUCUGCAGGGCCUCGUCCCAGGCUCCAGCUGCUGCUGCCCGCCUGCCUCCGCCUGUGGCUGGGGCUGCAGAGGUGCAGAGGGCUCAGGGAUGGCCUUGGGCCACAGAGAGGUCAAUGUGUGAGGUAAGGACACUUGCCAAGGAAGACAUCCAAGUGAGCCUUCCUGCACGAACCCAGCUGGAAGAUUUGGUUGAGAAGGCUGCGUCGCCAGAGGACAUCCUGCAGGCCUGGGCAAAGCAUGGAGGAAAUGGUAAUCAAGCAGCUUAUGCCCUGAUUAAGUGGACUCAGUUGGCGCUAAGGACAACGGGCGACUUUAAGGAACAACAGCACAAAGUGAUGCAUGAUUCAAGGCUGCUGCACAUGAUGGACACUGUAUCUCAGGAGGUGUCUAAAGUGUGGAACAGCACUCUAGUGUUUGUCUUGCGAGCUCUCUGGGUUUUGGAUGUGCCCCACACCAACUCAGCACUCAGGUCUAUCCAGACAGAGGUCCUGUGGCGAGUCCGCAGGCUGUCCUACAAGCAGCUGGGACAGCUGAUUGAUUGGAGAGGAAGCAGGAAAAGACAGCAGGAUGUGGCGAUAGUGGCUGCUGCCUUAAAACAGCUGGAACUGCGCUGGACUGAAAUCUCCGACACCAGAACUGUCAGCACACUUAUAUCAAAAGGACAAUCCAUGUCCCCUGCCUUGAUGGACAGACUUGAAGACAAGGCUUUGGAGCUCGCAGAGAGCUUUACAGCAGAAGAGAUCCGCAAAGUGUGCAUGUCUUUGGCCUCUCAGAGCCGCAGAUCUGUCCCACUGCUCAGAGCUUUGUCCUACCACCUUAUCCAGAAGCCGUCGUCAGAACUCGGCACUCCACUGAUACUGGACAUGGCUUUUGUAUACGGGAAGUUGAAUUUCAACCACUCUCAGGUGUUUCAGCGAAUGGCCUCAGAGUUGUUACCCAGAACGCCUGAGCUCAGCUCUGCCGAUGUCACCCGCUGUGCUAAAUCGCUGGGCUUCCUCAAAUGGCUCCACAUCCCUCUCUUUGAGGCCUUUGCAGAGCACUACAUAGCAAACAGUCAGAACUACAGUACUCUGCAGCUCUGUAAUCUGCUCAUGACUUUUGCCAGACUGGACUUCCAGCCCAGCAGAGGAGAUGAGUUCUAUAGCAAGGUUCACUCUGUGCUGGAGCACUCUCGCUCAGACCUGGACCCCUUCUUGCACACAGAUGUGGUUUGGUCUCUGUGUGUGCUACAGCAGGCCAGACCCCACUACCUCGUCCCCCUCACACAGCAGAGUCACAUUACCAAAGUUACCAAACAGUCAGAUGGCAGUCCAGUUCGAGUGGAGAACUAUCAGCUGAAGCUCCUCCACAUCGCUGCUACCCUCCAGUUAGAGCAUUCGGGUUCCUUUGAUGCUACGUCCUCCCAGAGUGCCCUGUCUGUCCCGGUCAGCAGCGCCCCCCUCACUCCCCUGCAGAGUAGCCUGAGAGAGGCUUUACAGAGUCUGGUGGGUGGGAGGACACAGGCCUUUCGCACUGGGGUUGACACCGUGUAUGGCUGGACUAUUGACGGUGAGCUGGUAGUGGAUUGUGACAACAGACCAAUUGACAUGUCAAUGCUGAAAGCCCCUCAUCUACCCAGUGGAGGAGGACACCAGGCUUUACCUGCAGGGGCACGGCGGCUUGCUUUCUUGGCUUGGGAAUUUCCAAACUUUGGCUCCAAGAAUAAAACCCUUCUGGGACGGUUUGCCAUGAUGAAGCGGCAUCUCCAGUUGGCUGGCUUAAUCACAGUGGAGGUUCCAUAUUAUGAGUGGCUGGUGCUGAAGACAGACAGGCAGAGAUUGGCGUACCUGAAGGAUAAGAUAGGGAAGGCUGUGGCCGAGGACAUGGCCAAGUGAAGCCGUCAGUCUUUAGCAAAUAUGCAGACUCGGCUAAAUCAGAGCUUUCCCAUCCAAAUGGGACUACAGGGAAUACACAUGUACACCCACGUUCACACUCAGAACAGAGCAGCGUUGCAGAAAAGCUCUCUCAUACUUUAUCUGAAAAAAAUAAAAUAAAAAAAUCAUAUUUUUACUCUGGUUCCCUUGGCAACACGUGGGGCUUUCCCUGUUUCCAUGGUGAUGACGAGCAAGAGUUGUGGAGCCAGAGAGAGACAGAAAUAAACACAACAGCAAGUCCUGCUGUAGAAAUUAUAUGAUCGAUGAUCAGGUCUCUACAUCUGCGAGUGACAUUGUGCUUGAUAUCAGUAUGUGAAUAGAAUGGAAUAACUUAAUUAUCUCUGUGUCAUCUUGUGAUGAAAUAAAUUGUAUCACUGUCA